GUCUUUUGCGGUUCAUCUGCCCACGGAAGUGGUGCGAGUGCUGGAAGAGAACGUUUCAGGCGAGGACUUCACUCUGGCCAAGAAAAGAGUGGCCUACCUUUGCAGGUGGACCACGAGGGCUAAAGAACUUGGCGUCGAGGGUCCGAAUGCGAGCAUUCUGGCUCAGCUGAAAAAUGCAGAUGAUCGGGAUGCGACCAAUCAACAGGCGUGGCGUCAGACUCUCGAGGAGGUCGAGAAAGGCUACGUUUGGUUGGACGAGGAC